UGGCUCAUGGCGGCCCGGCUGGCGGCGCUCGGCGGCCGGAGCCGGAUCCAGUAGCCGGGGUGUGGGCCCUGCCUCAGCCUGCUGCUCUCGUCUUCCGGAGUGUGGCUGGCUGGCGGAGGAGCCGGGAUGGCGGAGCGAGGCCUGGAGCCGUCGGCGGCCGCCGUGGCCGCGCUGCCCCCCGAGGUGCGGGCGCAGCUGGCCGAGCUGGAGCUGGAGCUCUCGGAGGGGGACAUCACACAGAAGGGAUAUGAAAAGAAGAGAUCCAAACUCCUGUCUCCGUACAGCCCGCAGACACAAGAAACCGAUUCAGCAGUACAGAAAGAACAUAGAAACCAGACACCUGCUCCAUCUGCACCUCAAACUUCCGUCCCGUCUAAGUACCACCGAAAUCGAUCUGGUGGGGCCCGGGAUGAACGAUACCGAUCAGAUAUUCACACAGAAGCAGUUCAAGCUGCCCUGGCAAAGCAUAAAGAACAGAAAAUGGCUUUGCCCAUGCCGACUAAAAGGCGGUCCACGUUCGUCCAGUCUCCUGCGGAUGCGUGCACUCCUCCUGACACGUCUUCGGCCUCUGAGGAUGAGGGCUCGCUGAGACGCCAAGCCGCGCUCUCUGCUGCCUUGCAACAGAGCUUACAGAAUGCCGAGUCCUGGAUCAACCGCUCCAUUCAGGGAUCGUCCACUUCUUCUUCCGCAUCUUCUACGCUGUCCCAUGGAGAGGUCAAAGGAACCACUGGGUCUCUAGCUGAUGUAUUUGCCAAUACCCGAAUAGACAAUUUCUCUGCUCCCCCUGAUGUCACAACAACUACCUCUUCCUCAUCCUCCUCAUCCUCAACACGCCCAGCAAAUAUCGACCUUCCUCCCUCGGGGAUAGUUAAAGGCAUGCACAAAGGAGCCAACCGGUCCAGCCUGAUGGACACCGCUGAUGGUGUUCCUGUCAACAGCCGGGUAUCCACAAAAAUCCAGCAGCUUCUUAAUACUCUGAAACGACCCAAAAGACCUCCCUUAAAGGAAUUUUUUGUGGAUGACUCUGAAGAAAUAGUGGAAGUACCUCAGCCGGAUCCCAACCAGCCCAAGCCCGAGGGGCGGCAGAUGACGCCUGUGAAGGGGGAGCCCCUGGGGGUCAUCUGCAACUGGCCGCCUGCGCUGGAGUCUGCCCUGCAGCGCUGGGGCACCACACAGGCCAAGUGCUCCUGCCUGACUGCGCUGGACGUGACGGGCAAGCCGGUGUACACGCUCACCUACGGAAAGUUGUGGAGCAGAAGUCUAAAGUUGGCCUAUACUCUGCUUAAUAAACUGGGCACCAAAAAUGAACCUGUGUUAAAGCCUGGAGACCGGGUAGCCUUGGUUUAUCCCAACAAUGAUCCGGUCAUGUUUAUGGUGGCUUUUUAUGGAUGUCUCCUGGCGGAAGUGAUUCCAGUGCCUAUAGAGGUACCUCUUACCAGAAAGGAUGCUGGAGGGCAGCAGAUUGGCUUCUUGCUAGGAAGCUGUGGCAUUGCCUUAGCUCUUACCAGCGAAGUUUGUCUAAAGGGACUGCCAAAAACCCAGAAUGGAGAAAUCGUGCAGUUUAAAGGAUGGCCUCGGCUCAAAUGGGUUGUAACAGAUUCCAAGUACCUUUCAAAACCACCUAAAGACUGGCAGCCCCAGAUAUCACCUGCUGGCACAGAACCCGCUUACAUUGAGUAUAAAACAAGCAAAGAAGGGAGUGUGAUGGGAGUCACAGUGUCCCGGCUUGCCAUGUUGUCUCACUGCCAAGCUCUGUCCCAAGCCUGCAAUUAUUCUGAAGGAGAAACAGUUGUGAAUGUUCUGGACUUCAAGAAAGAUGCGGGACUAUGGCAUGGCAUGUUUGCGAAUGUAAUGAAUAAGAUGCAUACAAUUAGCGUACCCUACUCUGUUAUGAAGACCUGUCCUCUCUCUUGGGUUCAAAGAGUACACGCUCAUAAAGCCAAGGUAGCUUUGGUCAAGUGCCGGGACUUGCACUGGGCCAUGAUGGCCCAUCGGGACCAGAGAGACGUGAGCCUGGGCUCCCUGCGGAUGCUGAUUGUGACCGACGGAGCGAAUCCCUGGUCGGUUUCGUCCUGUGAUGCCUUCCUGAGUCUGUUCCAAAGCCAUGGACUGAAACCUGAAGCCAUCUGCCCAUGCGCCACGUCUGCUGAAGCCAUGACCGUAGCAAUCCGCAGGCCUGGGGUGCCUGGGGCUCCAUUGCCAGGAAGAGCCAUUCUGUCGAUGAAUGGGUUGAGCUAUGGAGUCAUACGGGUCAAUACUGAAGAUAAGAACUCAGCCCUGACAGUCCAGGACGUGGGACAUGUCAUGCCUGGCGGGAUGAUGUGCAUCGUGAAACCAGAUGGACCGCCCCAUCUCUGCAAGACAGACGAAAUUGGAGAAAUCUGUGUUAGCUCCAGGACUGGGGGAAUGAUGUACUUUGGGCUUGCUGGUGUGACAAAAAAUACAUUUGAGGUGAUUCCAGUAAAUUCUGCAGGCUCUCCUGUUGGGGACAUGCCUUUCAUCCGGUCAGGGUUGCUUGGUUUUGUUGGACCAGGUAGUUUGGUAUUCGUGGUUGGAAAAAUGGAUGGAUUACUGAUGGUCAGUGGUCGAAGACAUAAUGCUGACGACAUCGUUGCAACUGGAUUGGCAGUGGAAUCAAUGAAGACUGUUUAUAGAGGAAGAAUUGCUGUGUUUUCUGUGUCUGUAUUUUAUGAUGAGCGCAUUGUGGUGGUUGCGGAACAAAGGCCUGAUGCUUCUGAAGAAGACAGUUUCCAGUGGAUGAGCCGCGUGCUGCAGGCAAUUGACAGCAUCCAUCAGGUGGGAGUUUAUUGUCUUGCUCUGGUGCCUGCCAAUACGUUGCCAAAAACUCCGCUAGGAGGAAUCCACAUCUCUCAGACAAAGCAGCUCUUUCUAGAGGGAUCUCUACAUCCUUGCAAUAUCCUCAUGUGCCCACAUACAUGUGUGACCAAUUUGCCAAAACCUCGGCAGAAGCAACCAGGUGUGGGCCCUGCCUCUGUGAUGGUCGGGAACCUGGUUGCUGGAAAGCGCAUAGCACAAGCAGCAGGCAGGGAUCUGGGGCAGAUUGAAGAGAACGACCUAGUGAGGAAGCACCAGUUUCUGGCAGAGAUCUUACAGUGGCGAGCGCAGGCUACUCCCGACCAUGUUCUCUUCAUGCUGCUAAAUGCCAAGGGAACUACGGUGUGCACAGCCAGCUGCCUCCAGCUCCACAAGCGAGCCGAGAGGAUUGCCUCAGUUCUCAGUGACAAGGGACAUCUGAAUGCGGGAGACAACGUGGUGUUGCUCUAUCCACCCGGCAUCGAGUUGAUCGCUGCGUUCUACGGCUGCCUGUAUGCGGGGUGUAUACCCGUGACCGUGCGGCCGCCUCACGCUCAGAACCUGGCCGCCACCUUGCCCACGGUCCGCAUGAUCGUUGAUGUCAGCAAAGCAGCCUGUAUUCUCACCACUCAGACCCUGCUGAGGCUGCUGCGGUCCCGAGAGGCGGCGGCGGCUGUGGAUGUGAAAACGUGGCCCACCAUCCUCGACACAGAUGAUUUACCCAGGAAGAAGCUGCCUCAGCUCUAUAAGCCCCCCACCCCCGAGAUGUUGGCCUAUCUUGACUUCAGUGUUUCCACCACUGGCAUGCUUACAGGAGUGAAGAUGUCCCACUCCGCAGUCAACGCUCUGUGCAGAGCCAUCAAGCUCCAGUGUGAGUUGUAUUCUUCUCGGCAGAUCGCCAUUUGCCUUGACCCUUACUGUGGACUUGGCUUUGCACUCUGGUGUCUCUGCAGCGUCUAUUCAGGCCACCAGUCCAUCUUAAUUCCUCCCAUGGAGUUAGAAAACAACCUGUUUCUCUGGCUUGCUACCGUCAACCAAUACAAAAUAAGGGAUACUUUCUGCUCCUAUUCGGUCAUGGAGCUCUGCACUAAGGGGCUUGGAAACCAAGUGGAGGUGCUAAAGACGAGGGGGAUCAAUCUGUCAUGCAUCCGCACCUGUGUGGUGGUGGCAGAGGAGCGGCCCCGCAUCGCGCUCCAGCAGUCCUUCUCCAAGCUGUUCAAGGACAUUGGGCUGUCCCCGCGGGCCGUCAGCACCACCUUCGGAUCGAGAGUCAACGUGGCCAUAUGCUUACAGGGUACCUCAGGGCCCGAUCCAACUACUGUAUACGUGGAUCUGAAAUCACUGAGACACGACAGGGUCCGUCUGGUGGAGCGGGGCGCCCCCCAGAGUCUGCUGCUCUCAGAAUCUGGAAAGAUUUUACCUGGAGUGAAAGUGGUUAUCGUUAAUCCAGAGACCAAAGGCCCCGUUGGAGACUCUCACCUGGGAGAGAUCUGGGUGAACAGUCCGCACACGGCCAGUGGCUACUACACCAUCUAUGACAGCGAAACUCUUCAAGCUGACCAUUUCAACACUCGCCUCAGCUUCGGGGACGCCGCCCAGACGCUCUGGGCUCGGACAGGCUACCUGGGCUUUGUCCGCAGGACAGAGCUCACAGCUGCCACCGGAGAGCGGCAUGACGCCCUGUAUGUGGUGGGAGCACUGGAUGAGACGCUGGAGCUGCGGGGCCUGAGGUACCACCCCAUCGACAUCGAGACGUCCGUGUCGCGGGUCCACAGGAGCAUCGCUGAGUGUGCUGUGUUCACGUGGACCAACUUGCUUGUGGUGGUCGUGGAACUGUGCGGCUCUGAACAUGAAGCCCUAGACCUGGUUCCCUUGGUGACCAACGUGGUCCUGGAAGAGCAUUACCUCAUCGUGGGCGUUGUGGUUGUGGUGGACCCAGGCGUCAUCCCCAUCAAUUCCAGAGGAGAGAAGCAGAGGAUGCACCUCCGGGACAGCUUCCUGGCUGACCAGUUAGACCCCAUCUACGUGGCUUAUAACAUGUGAGAGCUGGCCCAAGGCUGCACGAAGACCCAAGACCAGGGCUGGGAGCCAGCUUCUGCCUGAGGAGACGGAGCCUGAGAUGGUUGCGUUGUCUCCUCCGUCUCCUCCGUGGGACUCCCCCGUCACACAGCACACAGGAAAGGGGAUUUGUGUAGUGGCAAAUGAGAAGAACGCAGUCUCUUAGAUGGGCGCUCUGACGUAGCGUGAGCAGCACGUGACUAAAGCAGUUACAUGCAUGUGGCAUUUU